AUGACCUUAAAUGUGAUUAUGUCAACAGACAAUGCAAGUGGCUCUAUUGGGCAAUAUAAAGCAUUAUUGACGACAGUGCGCAAUGGGAACAUACAUAGUACUCGAAAAUUCCUAAAAGAUGAUCCGGAAGCAUUGAAUGCAAAGAUCAUGCUCGAUGGCGAAAGACCACUUCAUGUUGCAGCUUUAUUUGGGCAUGUGCACAUUGUAGAGCAUUUACUGGAAUUGAUUUCAGAAAAUGAUCUUGAAUUGCUAAAUAAUUUUGGUAUGUCAGUAUUGCUAUUCGCUAUUUAUAGUUGGGAUGAGAGUAUCAACAUUAAGAUUGCAAAAUGCAUGGUUGACAAGAACCAGCGGUUGCCUACUAUCGCUGCUGCCGGUGAUUGGCUUCCGGUGACAUGGGCUCUUCAAUUGGGCCAAAUUCAAACGUGUCGGUACCUUUACUCAGUCACACCCUUUGAAGCAUUGCUGCCUGAAAACGGGGAUCACGGCGUUGAUCUUCUGGCGUUGUGCUACUACUCCAAGAUGUUUGAUUUGGCUCUGGACUUAGUGAGGCGUUGCCCAAGAUUAGUAAUGAGGAGCCGGCGGUUAUCUGGGGAUAACUUUUUGGUGAUAUUAGCAAAAACACCUUUCUCAUAUCCCAAACUACCAUUCUGGAAACGAUGGUUGUAUUCACGUAUCCAAGUGCACCUACAACCUCCAUCUUCCCUGAAUCAAGUUGUCAUUCCCGUUUCAGAAACUAAUCAAACAACACACCAUCAUAAUAAAGGCAGCCUUGCAUCUCUGCCAGGAAUAAUGAAGGAAAUAUAUGAAGCAAAGUUAAGUGAUGAGCAAUCUCGUGUGUUGCUACGUGCUGCGUGCAAUGCAAUUUCUCUGGAAAAUGAAGAAAUCUCAAAAAGUAGAAUGUCGGAGGCGAUACUUAUGGCAGCACAACGAGGGAAUGCCACGUUUAUUGUUGAAGCAUUAAAGGCGCAAUUUAGCCUUUUGUGGACAUGGAACAAAGAUGAAAGGCGCAUAUUUUCUGUUGCUGUUCAGUAUCGCCAAGCAAGUAUUUACAAUCUUCUUCAUGGUCUUACUCUCAAGCCUUUAUUUCCAAGCUCCUAUGACGCCUAUGGCAAUUAUAUGCUUCAUAUGGCAGGAAAGCUAGCUCCACCAGAACAGCUUAAUCCUAUUCCCGGGACACUUUUACAAAUGCAACGAGAACUUCAAUGGUUCAAGGAAGUGGAGAGUAUCACGCCACCUAACGUAAAGCAACAAUUGAACAAUGACAAUUUGACACCGAGAGAAUUAUUCACAAAGGAACAUAAGAAGUUAGUGAAAGAAGGUGAGAAAUGGACCAAAGGAACGGCAGGUUCUUGUGGUGUUGUAGCAGCUUUUGUAGCUUCCAUCAUUUUUGCUGCUGCUUUCACUGUUCCCGGUGGCAAUGACCAAAUAUUUGCAUAUUCAUCAACCCUCAUUCUCCGCUGUCGAUGUCGCGGUUGCGCCAUUGCCACUCCGUUUGCUCGCGCCGCCGUCGCGCUUUGUUGCUGCCGUACCGCUGUCGCUCCCCACAUUCGUGCCACUGUCUCUCCUCUUGCUCACGCCGCUUGUCGCUCCGCUGUUGCCGUGCCGCCGUCGCUCCUCCUACCUUGGUCCUUCUCCGCUCUCUCAAUCGAGCUUACAAGAACCAGGUGGAAUGUUGUUAUGCCUACCAUUGUUGCCAAAUCAAUAUCAAUUCUAUCUGAUGCAGGCCUUGGCAUGACCAUGUUUAGCCUUGGGCUAUUUAUGGCAUUGCAACCAAAGAUCAUUGCCUGUGGAAACAUGGUCACUUCAUUCGCUAUGGCGGUUCGUUUCCUCACCGGCCCUGCAGUAAUGGCUGUAGCAUCAGUUGUGGUAGGACUAAGGGGAGUUUGUUGCACAUUGCCAUUGUACAGGUAA